AUGAACAUGGAAUUUGGGCUUUUGGCAGAAGAUUGCUGGACUUCUUAUCGUGUAAGUUCAACUGUGUGUACAUUAGAAUUUUGUGGUAUCGGUGUUUAUGUUGCAUUACUGUUGAUUGAGAAGCUGCAAUCCACUUUUCCACUAAAUUACAUUUUAAUUGGCUUUGUGGUCAUUUCAUUUUUUGUGGGUGCUGGAUUCUUGCACAAUAAUCUAGUGACUCUUAUUAUAUCAGCUGGAGCGACAUUACUGAUUUCAUUAAUAGUGAUUCUCUGCUCUUGGAAAUUGAAAGGCUUGCCUACAAAUGGCUUAACUGUACUCAUGACACUGGCAGCUGUAUUCGCCAUUGCGGGAUCAGCGAUGUAUAUCUUCCGAAGAAAUCUAUACUUGAAAAUUCUCUCUGGUGCGUCUUUAUGUUUUGCAGCAAUCCUUAUGAUGUUCGUCAUAUUAAAUUUAAGCAAACUACAGUAUGUAAAUCGGAAACGAGUAGAUUUGGUAAACAAUCGUAUUUGA